AUGCCCGACUCCCCGCCUCCUCGCACUCCAGCCUCUAUCCGUGCCGCCCGCAAGCAAUCCAAGGCUCUCGUCAAGGGCCGUGCGGUUCGGGCCGCCAUGUACCCCCCCGAGGAGAACGUGGUGAAGGAGGCCGCGAACCAGACCCCACCAUCGUCUUCUGAGGUCGAGGCCGCCCUUGCCCCCUCCCACCAGUCCCGUGCUGCCCCCCUCGAGCCUGCGGCCUACGAGGAGGACGACCAAGACUCUGUGGGCCCACUCGGCCACCACGAGUGGGACCUCCUCUCCGAGGUCGACGAGCCGCGCGCCAACACGCCCGUGGCCGGCCCGAGCCGCCCCAACGGCGGGGCUGACCAGCCCGCGGCUGACGCCAUCGACCAGUCGUUGCCUCCCUCCCCCCGCGGGGUCGCUGCUGCUGCCGCCGCCGACAUCCAGGUGCAGGAGGCUGGCGCCGACUCCAACCGCGAAGCUUCCGCCGCGCCGAGCGCCGACCCCGAGGUCGACCUCCCCGUUCGUCCCCUCCGCCGCGGCCCCUGCCCCGGAGAGGGCCCCCCGCCCGCCCAGAAGAAGUAUCCGCACCACCAGAUCUUCUGCGGUGACCGGGACACGGCCGUGAGCCUGGCUUUUGUUGGCGUCCACUCGUCGAUCGUGGACAUGGCACGCAAGGCCGGCGCUCGCGUCGUCCCUCUCGCCGACCGACCACACUUUGUGGUUGUCAGGGUGGACAAGGACGGUUUCGCGGAGGCACCUGCAAAGGUGCGCAAGCUUCUGCGCGAGGCCCAGUGGCGCGGCACGACUGCCGUGUCCACCAGAUGGCUGCAUGACUGUGUGGACUCGGGACACGUCGUGGCAUACCGCAAGUACCACGUCAAGCUUCGCCAAUUUUAA